UCAGAUGUUCUUAUUAUCGCCUGUUGUGAUAGGGGUGGGAUUAAAAUGGGGGCGAAUGCGGUGAUUGGCCAUGAUAACCGCCCUCGCUCACGCUCCUUCCGUUUUGUCUGUGCGCGCAGGCCCAGUGACCUCUCUCUGAUAUUUUAUUUACUCCUGAAAUCCAAGAUGGCCACCUUGAAUAUCUCGAUCCCAUAGCAAUUGAGGAUGCAAGUAGCUACCGAAAAAACAACUUUUCCCCGACCAUCUCAUCCCCUGAAAUUCAAUUCGAAUUUUGCGGAUGACCCCCUUACAUCUUAUUAGCCACUAAAUAGCCAUUGCAUUUUCGCGCAAACCCCUUCAAUUUGCCAAUUUGAAGUAGUUUCACGAAGUAGCUCGCGCUGUCGCUGUCUGUCCGAAGCGAGGUUCAGACAGGCAGCACAUCCAAAUGGCCGAACCGAGAAAAGUACAAUUUGUCACCCUCUCGGCCUUCGCUGCUGGAUCAGCCACGGAGACUAGGAAACGCCGGUUGGAGGAUGACGAGGCCGACAUCGACUUGGAUGCGGAAUGUGAGGGCGACACGAAAGCGUCCGGGGCAGAUGGUGGCGGUGGGCUUUUCGGCAAAACUAGUAGUGACAAGGACAACGCUGAAGGAAAACGGAUUACCGUGCGGUUGAACCUAUCUCUGUCUGAGCCCAGCGAUCAAUCGUCGGCCGAGUUUAACUACAGCGAACUCAUCCAAAACAUCCAGGCAAAAAAGAUCACUCCUUCUCCAGCCCCGACUCAGACUCCAACUCCUUUUAUCCUGCCUCCUGCCCUUGACCCUAGCGACCCUUUCAACAAUGACGAGAGAGAACGACUGCAGGUGGAGGCCCUGGCCAAGAAGUUUGAGAACAAAUAUGGCAAUGAGAAUGCACCAGGAAAGAGGAAGAGGAAGGAUAGGAUGCAGGAUCUGAUUGACAUCGGCUUCGGCUACGACGAGACCGACCCUUUCAUUGACAACUCAGAGGCUUAUGACGAGCUGGUCCCGGCCUCCCUGACGACCAAGCUGGGAGGGUUCUACAUCAACACGGGCACGCUGCAGUUCAGAGCUGCUUCCGAGUCCGAGGGAGAGGAUGGGGGCAAGGAUGUCAAACCCAGAGUAAGGGAGCUGAAGGAUGGCGAGGAGCAAGUGAUCAAGAGACGAAGGAGGAAAGAAGGAAACAAUUUGGAGGAGAAGAAACCCCGGAAGAACAGAGUGCCCAAACCAGGAGUGUCGUCUCUGAUGAACAUCCACCGGCCAGAGAAGAAGAAGAGGAAGAAGCUGAUGAAGGACUCGUUGUGCUUGGCAGCCAUGUUGCGCCGCUUCACCCGGGAGAAGCAGGAGAUGAGGAAGAUGAACCCCACCGUGCCGCAUCCCGGCAUGGGUAGCUCCGUGACCAACGCCCCGCGAGCCAACCACCUGCUGGCUAACUCCCACCUGCACGCUAACGCGGCUAACAACGACGUCUCGUUGGCCGAGCUCACGGCGGACCCCGCCAUGAUGUCACUGCUGGGCUCGGCAAAUGAGAAGGAGCUUCAGGAUCUUUUGGGUGACCUGGACUUCAGCCUUCUGGACAGCUCGACUAAUCCGCACGUGGCCACGCCCGGGAGAGAGAAUGGUCUGAUGGGAAUUGGAGUUUCAGGGCCGAAGCCUAGUGGGGGCGGGUUAGGGAGGGGGCUGGGGGUUUCAGGGGGUCUCCUACACCCACCUCUGCUCCCUGACGGCCUGCCUGCUCCCCUCAUAAAGCGCAUCGAGGACCUACGGGCGGCCUCUCGUCAGUUUGAUCAAGAGGGAAGGAAGAAAUUCUUCACCCUGGAUAUGAAUAACAUCCUACUGGAUAUUGAGCUGCAGGUGCAGGAGCAGCCGAUGGGGCUCCGUGGGGAGGUGUAUUCUCACCUGGAGGCCUUUGUGCCCUGCAAUAAGGAGGCCCUGCUCAAACGCCUCAAGAAGCUUAGCCUCAACAUCCAGGACGACCGUCUGCGUACGCCCCUGUUGAAGCUGAAGCUGGCUGUGUGCAGUGUGAUGCCCGAGCAGAUCCAACGAUACAACUUGGACUGCAUGGUCAAGGCUGCCAACAGGCAGCAACCCGGAGAGGGAGAGAAGAAUGGAUCAGAGGAAGAGGACGAGGGGAAGCCGGGGAAGAGGAUGAUGGGCCCACGGAAGAAGUUUGUCUGGGACGACAAGCUCAGGUCGCUGCUGUGUAACCUGGUCCGUGUGAAGUUGAGCUGCUAUGAACUGGAGUCAUCUCAGUGCUCUCUCUCCGUGGAGGAUUACCUCAAGGCCUUCAUGGAGAACGAGGUCAAACCACUGUGGCCGAAGGGCUGGAUGCAGGCCAGGAUGCUGUUCAAGGAGAGCCGUGUUGUACACAGUCACCUCACUGUCAACAUGGCCAAGAAAAGGAUGGUCCCCACCCCCAGGGCUAAAGCAAAGGAGGGCCAAUGGAUCCAGCAGAGGCCUAAUCUCCCCACCGCCACCACCCCUUCUCUCCCCCACGUCCCCUCCACCCCCUCCGUCAUCCAGGCCCGAGGGACCUCCUCGUCCCCCUCGGAGCCCAUCUGCCUGUCCGACUCGCUGGACGAGGAUCUCCGUGCCCCCUCCCUGGAUUCCGUCUCCCACGCCCUCGCCUUCCUCAGCCAAGCCGCCAAGGGCCUGGGUCCCCACGGCAGCGUCACUGACCUCACCCUCACCUCCCCCUCUCCCCCGCCUCUCCAGAUCCCCAACUCCUCCCCCUCCAUCACCCCUCACUACUCCCCUCACCACACUAUCUACCUCUCCCUCCACUUCUACGGCGUCGUCGGCUCGCAUGCAGCUCGCGGGGCCACGUUGGUGUCUCGUGGCGCCGACGGAGUGUACGGCGUGAUGAAAGGGGCAGGCUCUAUGGGACAGACUCAGAGACACAAUGUCAGCAUGGCGACCUCCACUCACAGGCAAGGGGGCAUGACCGGAGGGAGUAAGCUCCACCCACCGUCGUCCCCCUCCCCGCCCACCAAGCAGCGUCCCCCUCCCACAGCCUCUCCGCUCCUGCCCCCCCAUCAGAAGGUCGCCCUGGGCAUGGGGGUGGCAAUACCAGGACUGGGGAAGAGCAGUGUCAAAGCCAACAGCAGUAGUAAUGGGGGUGCCAUGAUGAGCAACAUGCCCUCCUCCUCCCCUCAGUCCCGUGCCACCAACUCCCACUCACAUCCCCAGCAGCUCAACUCCAAGAGCCCCCAGCAACCCUCCUACCUCACCUCCACUGUGGGCUCCUCACCCUCCCAGUCCCCGUCCCACCACCAGGGAAAAUCCAAGCCCCACCACCAGUCCAACUUCAUCACCCCCAUGCAGGCAACCCUCACCAAGUCCUCCCACAGCAACAACUCCUCCCCAAUCAUCAAGCUCACCCCUCGCCCCCCCGCCCCCACCCCUCCUCCCAUCUCCUCCCCUUCCUCCUCCUCUUCCAACCUUCUCUCUCACUCUCAAAUGAUCUCCAGCCCUCUCCAGUACCAGUCCCCCAAGACUGCCGGUUUCCGCCCCCCAUUUAGUGUCCAAGGUGGGUGUCAGGUGAAGUCGGGCCAGGGCAGUUAUAGCUUCGCGGGGAGCCAGAAGGGUCCGUCUGUCAUUAGCAGUAGUAGCGUGAGCAGCGCUACCUCCAACAGCAGCCCCAUGCGCAUGUCGCCCGUCACCAGUCGCCCGGACAACAGCCCCUCCCCCUCCGGCACGGUCUCGACCAAUCACGGACAGAGACAGAGGGCCGUGGGCGGAUCCAAGGCUGUAGGCAGUCGGGUGCCCACGUCAGCCAUGGCCACACCCUCCGUUACCUCACACCUGACGCAGGUGUCAGCUGGCAGUCCCCUCCUGGGCGGGCCACUUAGCUUUGGGAUGUUGGGGGGGCUGGUCCCCGUCUCGCUGCCCUUCCAGUUCCCCUCGCUGCUCAACUUCACUCCUCCUGGAGCCCCGGGGGUCAGCAGCCUGGGCACGGGCGCCAACUCAGGAUACAGCCUCUCACAAAGCGACUUAAUGGAUCUGUAUAAGAGUCUCCAGUCAGGGUCACAGGCUGCUCUACCUCCUCACUUGCAGCUUGCUUUCUCAGAUGCGAACCAAAGCCAGGGUGGCGACACGAAGAGGAAGUCCCACUGACCAAUAGAGACGGAGGACAGAGCGUGACAGAGACAUCCACUAGGAUCACUUUGAUUGGACAGAUGGACACAAUGAUGUAAUAAUACAGGGGGGUGGAGCCUUCUUCCCUCAAUAUGGACCUGAAGAAUCAAUUCCCCCUCACCAUGACGAUUUCUGAAUUUAAUUUAACUGUAUUUUUAUUAUUAAUGGGUAUAAAAUGGACCUUGGGUGAAUGAUAAUGAAACUUUUUUUCCUUACAUUUUUUUUCGUGUCAACAUGUUUACAUGACCGACCUUUAUCACUGUGGAAUGAGGACAGGGUCGUAUUCAUUAGGCUCCAAACAUAUAGAAAUUAAUACAGAAACAAGGACGGACUGCCUGAACACUCGUUUUCGAAAAAGCGUUUUGCUGUGUUGUGUACCAACACAUACUGCAACGAAUGUGGAUCCGGUCGUUCGGCGCGGUCUGUUUUACAGACCACCCUGCCAAUGACGGUCUGAUUGACAUUUUCGCUCGAUUCUACAUGUAGAAUCAGUUUGCAAAUUACGGCUGGCACUCUGUUCAGAGGUGCUAAGUACUCUCGGCCUGCAAACGCUACCAGUGUGUCCGUUCCGUAAUGAAAACCACCCAGGAGAGGGAAUACGCUGUUAGCGAAGUCAUUUCAUUUGAAUUUAAGUCUGUUUAUAUUUUUAUUCUCAUCUAAAGCAGAUUUGAGUAUAUAUAAUUUUUUGGUCGUUGUCUUGACUGUCUGAGAAAGGUAGUUGUUAACUUGUCUCCGAUGUGAGAUGGUGUGUCCAUUGAGUUGUAUGUUUUAAAGUCUCCUCUGCUCCCCACAACUGACUGUUAAGGGUUAAGGUAGUAUAGCUAAUAUAGAUAUUGAUAAAUUAUUUGUAAUUUACACAGGGAUAAAAAAAAAAAUAUUUAGAGGUAUGUGUGUGCCGGUGAGAUUGAGUGUGUGUGUGUGUACACAACCUACAUAUAUUAUUAUAUAUUGUAUUUUCUUUCCAGGUCAGUCUGUGCUGUGUGUGUGUAAAUUGCAUACCCUCUUUUCUCUGUUGUGUGUGUUUGAGAGAGUGAGUAUUCCCCUCUCUUGCUCAGUGUGUCUUUGGUGCUGUAUAAUCACACUGGACCUUUUCUGGAGAAAAACUUGAACUGUAAAAGCUAGACUCCUCUUGGAGGGUGAGAGAGGGGACAAAGAUGCCAGAUUGUAGCCUACUUGAACUUUUUUUUAAAAUUGUAAUUCAUUUACUUUGUAAAAAAAAAAAAAAAAAACGCUUAUCAACUCAAACACUCAAUAUGACAAAACGCCUUAGUUUGUAAGUUUCAUUAAAGAACUAUGCAGGACUAUAAAUGCUUCAAUGCAAAAGUGCAAGUCGUCGCUUGGCUUUCAACCUCUUACUCAGCUGUCAAUGCAUUUCUGGGAGUUGUGAAUGUUUGUGUGUAUGUAUGUCUAGGUCCUUUUCCCAUCUAAAGAACUCUCCCUUCUCACCUACUGAAUACCUCUCUAGAAACUGUUCUUCCUUACUCUCUUCCUAUAUCUGGGAAGAUCUCAAUAGCAUACUCCUCACUUCCUCUCUCCUAGUCGUCUUCACAAAACCCAUUGGGGGAGAAGGUCAGAGAGGAGGGACCUCUGGCUUUCUUGCCUCUGUCCAUCUCUUAUCAUCCUUCAUCCCUCCUUCCAAUGUCAGUAUGAAUGUCGACCAACUGCACCAAGAAUGGAGCCAAAGAUGAGUUUCCUAACAUAUAGAUGGGGUGCCUUGGUCAGUGUGUUUUCCUACCAUUCUCUUUGAAAUGUACCCAUGAGUGUUUCUGUCUGUGGUCUGUCAGGAUGUCAUGGUGAAAAGUUGUUUUUUCUGUGACUGGAGCAGGUGGCAUUUUAAAGCUUUUUUGGGGGGGUAAAGAUUACAUUUCAUGGUAACUGGUUACUUAAUUCGGUCUCUUUUGUAGAUGAUUUUUGUGUGUUGAUUUAUGGAAUAAAAUACAGUUGGUUUUCAA